AAUUUCCGGUGUGCUGUUGAUAUGAUUCCGGUCAGACUGCGUAGGUUUUACCCAGAUUGGAAGGUGUUAUUGUCCAAGUAUGUUGCAUGCCUCUUGAGGUGAAGCCUCGUUUUGUUGUGUUGUAUGGCUCUCAGAAGGGUCAGGCCCAGUCCAUAGCUGAGGGCAUCGCUGAGGAGGCCGAGGAGCACGGCCUGGUUGCUGAUCUCUGCUGCCUGAACCAAAACGACAAGUAUAACUUGGAGAAGGAGGAUGCCCCAGUAGUCUUUGUCGUGUCUACCACUGGAGAUGGGGAACCUCCAGACAAUACCCUACAGUUUGUGAAGCACAUCAAGAAAAGGAGCCUCUCCCCUGACCACUAUAAACACCUUUUAUAUGCACUUUUAGCUUUAGGAGAUACAAAUUAUGCAAAUUUCUGCAACUGCGGGAAGACAAUUGAACGUUGUCUUCGGGAACUCGGAGCCAAACAGUUCUACCCGACGGGGUACGCAGAUGACGGCGUAGGGUUGGAGCUGGUUAUUGACCCUUGGCUCAAAGGACUGUGGAAUUCCAUUAAAGACACCUUAUCAAAGAUGGCUUCUGACAGAACUGUCCAACUUAAGGAAGAUUCUGCCAAAGAAAUUCCUGAGUCAUCCUUACCGGACGUCCAGUUGAACCACUUGAGCAUCGCUGAUAAACAGAUCUGUGAGCCAGACUCUAAAUAUUCAUCUUCUUUGGUCAUUUCUAAUGUCAGGCCAGCUUCAGCGUCAACUGUCUCUUCAUCAGCACCAAAAACACAAGCCUGUAGUGAAGGAGUCCCCCAGGUUUCCUUGGCAGCCUCACUGACAAGCUCCCUCCCGCCGCUGUCUGAGUCCUCUUUGAAUGUUCCUGUGCUACCGCCGCCAUACUUAGAUGUUACUUUACAGGAAGCAGACGCUGUGGAGCAGGCUGUUGAACAUUUGAGCAAGGAGACUUAUAAUGAGGUGCCCAUUUCUAAGGCGGUUCAGCUGAGUAAAGGAGACUCGGUGAAGACAGCUCUUCUGCUGGAACUGGACAUUUCUGCUUUCCGAUCCAUGACCUAUCACCCUGGAGAUUCUUUUGAUGUGUUUUGCCCAAAUAUGGCCAUAGAGGUGGACCAUCUGCUCCACAGACUCGGCCUUCAGGACCAAAAGAACCAUCACGUUCAGAUCUGUCUUAAACAAAAUACAAAGAAAAAAGGUGCUCAGGUGCCACCUCACAUUCCUGAAAGCGUUUCACUGCUGUUCCUGUUCACUUGGUGCCUUGAGAUCAGGAGCGUUCCUAAGAAGGCUUUUCUGCGAGCGCUGGUGGAACAUACGUCAGACAGCGCCCAGAGGAGGAGACUGCAGGAGCUCUGCAGUAAGCAAGGUGCUGCAGACUACAACCUCUAUGUACGAGAUCCAAGCCUCAGUGUGUCGGAGCUUCUCGCAGCCUUCCCGUCCUGUUCGCCUCCUCUCAGCCUCCUAAUAGAGCUUUUGCCAAAACUGCAGCCCAGGCCUUAUUCAGCAGCAAGUUCCCUUCUCAGGCAUCCGGAAAAACUGCAUUUUGUCUUCAAUGUGGUUGAGUUCCCAGCGUGUUCUGGAAGGCCCGCAGGCAGUCGAGGCUUGUGCACCGGCUGGCUGUUUGACCUCGUCAAACCUGGCCUGGUUUUCCCUGAGAAGGCUGGACUGGCUCUGCCAAAGAUUCAUGUGCGUUUGAGACCCAACUGCUCCUUUCGACCUCCCUCUGACCCUUCGCUGCCCUUCAUUAUGAUUGGACCUGGAACUGGAGUGGCUCCUUUUAUAGGCUUCCUUCAGCAAAGAGAGGAGGAGAGGAAGGAAAACCCAGAGGCCAAGUUUGGUGAGACCUGGCUGUUCUUUGGUUGUCGCUACAGGGACAAAGACUACCUGUUCAGAGAGGAACUGGAGAACUUUGUGUCCAGUGGGACCCUGAGUCACCUGAAAGUGUGUUUCUCCAGAGAAGACAGGAAGGAUGAGGAGGAACCUUCCUCAGCAGCACAACCCAGAUACGUCCAACACAAUCUGUUGCUCUGCUGCCAACAAGUCACCGACAUCCUGCUCAGACGGGACGGCUACAUCUACGUCUGCGGGGAUGCCAAGAACAUGGCCAAAGAUGUGAAUGAGACCCUGGUGGAGAUGAUUAAAACUGAGCUUCAAGUGGACCAACUGGAGGCCAUGAAGACACUAGCAGGACUUAGAGAGAAGAAGCGCUACUUACAGGACAUCUGGGCCUGACUGUAGAUGACUAGAUAAAGGAUCUCUGCUGCAUUUGCUGUACUAAAAAAAAAAAAGAAAAAAAAAAGCAUUGUGCAAGAUAUAUAUUUAGCCUUCUCAGCUGUAACCUCUUGAUCCAUAAAAUUGUCGCUGCAGACGCUUGAAGGUAGUUUACGCCAGCCAAUGUCACCGAGAUAGAGUGACCCAUGUGACCUGUGGAUAUCAGUUCAGUCCACCUUCCUCGCCUUUGCUGUUUAAACAGAGCUGACCUUGGUCAGUGCUGGAGAUUAGCCCCGCGGUGUGAAAAGGCUUUCAGUGUAGACACGACGCCUCGGUUUGUCCUUUCUGAUGAAAAGGCAUUUAUUACUGUCGGCCUUAAUGGAGUGACUUUGAUGAGACUGAGUGCGGGAUACUUUUUGCACCUUGACAGCACAUUAAUCUGUACUUUUUUUUUGUGUGUGUGUGUCUUUUUUUUAAACUGUGCGCGCACACAAAUAAACUGAAUCAUUCAAGGAAAGGGAAAUUGUUUUUCUUUCUUGUGUUCUUGUCGUCUGUUUUCACAAAAUGUACUGCGGCUGAAACUCAAAAUGUCACUACUUUUUAAUUUUUUUCUGCUAAUUAAAAAUUCUUUUCCUCUUA